AUUCCAAAAACGUUUUUCGAAUAUUGGACGUUCUUAAAAGCUGUUAUAAAACGGACAUGAAACGUUUUAAAUAUGAAUUUUAGUUUACUCUUACGUGAGUUCAACUGUGUAUUUGAUGACACCACUUCUACCACAGAUACUUGACAAAAUUUUACCUCUCAAUGAAUCAAGAGGAAGACUUUUUGUUUUUCAUGUUAACUAUGUUUUUAUGGAAAAUGAUAAUAACUACAUUCUGAUAUAUAUACAUUCAAUAAUUGCAGCAUAUUUAACGUUAACGAAUAUAAUUACAAUUGAUUUUAUCUUUCUUGCCACUGUUCAACAUGCUUGUGGAAUGUUUCAACUCUUAGGGUAAGCUUUUUCGUCUUCCAUUGUAGUGGCUGACUUUAAAUAUUCCCAAAUUACUAUAAUUAACUUAUAAAUAUAAUAUCAAUUGACCUUAAGUGCAAUGUAAAAUAUUUUCAGUUACAGACUAUCAAAAGUUGCGGACAAGAACUAUAUUUGUAAUCGUGAUAUCAUUGAAGACGACAAGGUAAACAGAAGGAUGAUCAGUUGUAUAAAACUAUACAAUAAUAUACUCAAGUUAGUAUUUUCAAGCAUUUUCUUAUUUUAUAUACCUGAAAUGAUUGCAAUUGAGAACUAUCUUAAAAUUAAUAUUUUAGCUAUAGCUAACUCCUUAAUUUUCUAACAGGAAUUUGAAAAUAAUUUCUUUUUGAAAUACAGAUUUACAGAGAAUAUUGAGCUUAGCUUUUCAACUAUGUUUUUUAUCAUCAUUGGUAUUAACAUGCUAAUGAUCAGUUUUCAAGGAGUACAGGUAAUUUAUCUAAGCAAGUUAUCUUCAAAGUCAUUUUUGUACUGACAAUUUACAAGGGUACCCCAGAAAGGCUUCCAACGGUGCCUACUUAGAAAGGUACAAAGAUUUGCAAUCUACUAACAUCUGUCAUCAAAUUUUACAGAUUGUAUUAAAUUUGAACAACACACAAAUUCUUAUGAGAUUUGGCUCAUUUUUCAUGGCACAAAUUAUUCAUUUAUAUUUUAACACCAUUCCUGGUCAAUUGUUAAUUGAUGAAAGUUCUAAAGUCAGUCAAUAUUGUUAUGACAGUAAUUGGACCAAUAUGUCAACAAAAUCUAAAAAACUUUUAUUAUUUAUGCUAUUAAGAACAUCUCGAGAGUGUAAAGUAUCUGCUGGAAAGGUGUACGUAAUUUCAAUGGAGAAUUACACUUCAGUAAGUAGUCCUAUUGAAGUUCUAUUUUAAAAACAAAGCUUCCAUUACGAAUUUUUUACUUUACCUUAAAAACAGUAAAUUUUAACUAAAAUAUAAAUAAAAAAGUGGUUUUUUUGUAGGUUAUAAAAACAUCAUUUUCUUACUUAAGUGUAAUAUCUUCAGCGCAGUAACAAGAGUGGCAACAACACAUUAAUAUAUGGUUGGUAAUAUGUUUGGUAU